AUGGCAUUUGUGAUGUCCAUUUUCCUGAAGAUUUUAAUCAUAUUAUUAUUAAUAUUUUUAAAGACUGGUGCAAAAAACAAAGUAUUGGAAUGCAUAAUUGUUCCUUUACAUAAAAAUGGAAAUAAAAAUUUGGCUGAAAACUACAGACCUAUUGCACUAAUAAACUAUUUAGUUAAAUUAUAUGAAACCUCAAUAUUCAAAAAAUAUCGAAAUAUUUUGAAUGAAAAUAUUAAAAGUUAUCAAUUUGGAUUUGUAGAAAGGAAGUCAGCUAAAAUACAAUAUGAAAUACUAAACUCAUGGAUUGAUGAGAAAUUUAAUAUUAGCAAAGUAGAUAACGUUUUUCUCCUUUUUAUAGAUUUUAAGAAAGCUUAUGAUUAUGUUAAUAGGAAAAUUUUGAUAGAAAAACUAGAAAACUAUAAAAUGCCAAACGAAUUUAUUAAUGCUAUCAAAUUAAUUUUUAAGGAUCAAACUUUAAGAGUAUUAAACUCAAAAAUGCCUUGAAUAAAUAUUAGCAGAGGAGUUAGACAAGGAUCACCCUUGAGCCCAAUUUUAUUUAAUUUAUAUAUCAAUGAUUUAUUUGACUUUUUAGAAUUGGAUAAAAGAUUGUUCAUAAGAGCUUAUGCUGAUGAUAUUUUAAUUGCUAGUGAUGAUUAUCAAUCUAUUGCUAAAGCAUGUGAGGUAGUGGCAAAUUGAUGCAAUACAAAUUAUAUGGAAAUUAAUAAAGGAACAGAUAAAACAGCUAUUAUGAUUCUAUCUAGAAAAAAUGAAAUUUGCUUUGAUAGGUAUGAAGAAAAUGAUUAUGCAAGUUUGACAAAAAGCUAUAAAUAUUUAGGCAAUGUUAUUAAAAUAAGAAAAGACGGGAAAUUUUUUAUUAAUCGCUACUCUUUAGAACAAUACAGGAUAAGAUUGCCCAAAUUUAGAUUUUGCUUGAAUAAUAUAGCCAGAAGCAUUGGACAAGAUUCCUUUAAUUAUAAAUCUAUUAAAAUAUUAAUUGAAAGCUGCAUCAGAGGAAAUUUAUAUGGAAUGGGAAAUAUUGCGGAAAGAAACGAAAAGAAGAUGUUUUUAACUGGAGAAAAAGCAAAACUUGAGACAUGUGUAAGGAAACUAUUAAGGAAAGUGUUGCAUGCUCCUCAAUGAUGUCCGAUACCGAUACUGCAUCUUAUUACCAAAAUACCAUCUUGCCAAUUAAUUCUUAGAGAAAUCAAAGUUAAUAGAUUGAAGGAAUUAUGAAAGAAUUAUAAUAUUGAAGACUUUGAUAAAACUGAUAAAGAACUUUUAAAAAAUCAAUUCUUAAAUUGCUCAAGACCAAUUAUUGAAGUAUAA